UUGCCCGGGCCGCUCGAAGUGCGGCGGCGGCGGAGGCGGGAUCCCGAGAGCCGGUGCGGGGAGCCGCGGGGCGCCCCAGGUUCCAGUCGCGCGCAGGGAGCGGGCCCGCGGCGGGGAAGGCGGGGACGGUGAGAGCGGCGGUCCCAUCCUUCCGCCCCUCCGCCUCGGCCUCGCUGCGCCCCUGCCACCCCGACGCCCGCAGCGGAGCGCGCCCAGGCGCCGAGAGGGACGGCGAGCACGAAUAAAUAGCGGCGGCAGCAGCGCGUCAUCUGGCGGAGCAGGAAGUGCAGGCAGAGUCCGGAGGCCGGUGCUUCCCGCGCGUCCCCAGGACUUUGCCAUGGGCUGGGGGCCGCGCGGGCUGCGAGCGGCCGGCCAAGGGCAGCGGCGGCGACGCCCGCACUGGGACUGAGCGAGCGGAGACGCGCGGCGCCGAGAUGGCAGCGUCCAGCAACUCCAGUCUGUCCGGCUCCUCCGUGUCCUCCGAUGCUGAGGAAUACCAGCCUCCGAUAUGGAAAUCAUACUUGUAUCAGCUGCAGCAAGAGGCGCCUCGUCCCAAGAGGAUCAUUUGUCCCCGGGAGGUGGAAAACAGACCAAAAUAUUAUGGAAGAGAGUUUCAUGGGAUCAUCUCCCGGGAACAGGCUGACGAACUCCUUGGAGGUGUAGAGGGUGCCUACAUCCUUCGAGAAAGCCAGCGGCAGCCAGGAUGUUACACACUAGCACUAAGGUUUGGGAACCAGACCUUAAACUACCGGCUCUUCCAUGAUGGGAAGCACUUUGUGGGUGAGAAGAGGUUCGAAUCCAUUCAUGACCUGGUGACAGAUGGCUUGAUCACGCUCUACAUAGAGACCAAGGCUGCUGAGUAUAUUGCAAAAAUGACCACAAACCCCAUCUAUGAACACAUUGGAUAUGCCACUCUCCUCAGAGAGAAAGUCUCCAGAAGGCUGAGCAAGUCUAAAAAUGAAUCAAGGAAAGCGAGUGUCACCAAUGAGGAACACACGCCAGUAGAGAAGAUCUCCUCACUCGUCCGAAGAGCUGCCCUCACACACAACGACAACCACUUCAACUAUGAGAAGACACACAACUUCAAGGUGCACACAUUCCGAGGCCCACACUGGUGUGAAUACUGUGCCAAUUUCAUGUGGGGGCUCAUCGCCCAAGGAGUUCGGUGUUCAGAUUGUGGGUUAAACGUCCACAAACAGUGCUCCAAGCAUGUCCCCAACGACUGCCAGCCUGAUCUCAAGAGGAUCAAGAAAGUGUACUGUUGUGACCUCACCACGCUUGUAAAAGCUCAUAAUACCCAGAGACCCAUGGUGGUAGACAUUUGUAUUCGGGAAAUUGAAGCAAGAGGAUUAAAGUCGGAAGGGAUUUACAGAGUCUCUGGGUUCACAGAACACAUCGAGGAUGUCAAGAUGGCAUUUGACAGAGAUGGUGAAAAGGCCGAUAUCUCUGCUAACAUCUACCCAGACAUAAACAUCAUCACUGGAGCCCUGAAAUUGUACUUCAGAGAUUUACCCAUCCCAGUCAUCACAUACGACACUUAUUCCAAAUUUAUAGAGGCAGCAAAAAUCGCCAAUGCAGAUGAGAGGCUGGAAGCUGUCCAUGAGGUCCUGAUGCUGCUGCCUCCUGCCCACUAUGAGACCCUGCGAUACCUGAUGAUCCACCUCAAAAAGGUUACUAUGAAUGAAAAGGACAAUUUGAUGAAUGCAGAAAAUCUGGGGAUCGUGUUUGGGCCUACCCUGAUGAGACCCCCUGAGGACAGCACCCUUACCACCCUCCAUGACAUGCGGUACCAAAAGCUGAUUGUGCAGAUUUUAAUAGAAAAUGAAGACGUUUUGUUCUAAUCCAUCAGGGAAAUGAGCUGGUAUCGCUAACGGAAUAAAAACAUUUCUUACACUUGAUUUGUUUUUCAAGCAAGUGGCAGAAUUUCCUGGACCACAGUGGACUGCAGAGUUGGGGACUGUGUCUCCCUCUUCCACAGGAGAGCAAGGGUGAGGGUAGGAAACCCCUUACCUUGGGUCUUUUGCUGUGCCUCGUAUGUAUGUCCGUUUUGCUGGAAGAGUGAUUAAUAAAUCUUUCUUUAACUUAUUAAAAAAAAAGUAGACCUUUAAGCUUCAGUCUUACCAGUAAUAAAAGGGAACUUAAUUCAUAAAGGUACUUGGUAUAGUAUACAUUUUCCACCUUCAAAAAAAGAAGACAAUUCUAUAUGUUAAAUGUUAAAUGAAUCCUAUAUUGUAAAAUGUAUUUUAUUUUAGCUGCAAGAAUGUUAUUUUAUUUUAGCAAAUAGAACUCAAUGCAGUGCAUUGGUUAUUGCCCUGUACCUUGUCCCCGUUCUUGCUGUGAUGGCUGGUGAAUGUUGACCGUGAAUGCAGUAUCACCUUGACAUACCUCUGUCCUGAUUAGUGCUUCAAUGAAAGUCCGCCCCUCCCCCCACGCCCCGGCUUUUCACAGUUCGUGCUCCUUGGCACUGGCUUCUGCUGUGAGAUAGUGUGUGUUCAUAGUGAUUCUUAGGAUGGCCCGAAGCAUCCACAAGUUUCCUUCCUAUAAGCAUUUUGUGACUCCCCAGAGGAUGUUAUGGAAUGGGUUGUGGCCUUUCCGUAUCUCCAGUGUGUGUCCUGGAACAUGCAGAGUGUGUCUUGUUACCCAAAGUGACCGGAUGACAUUGAAUGCCCCUGGGCCACAUCACAGGUUAGCACUUUUCCUCUCCUCAGUUGGGCCUGUCAAGUUUAUGUCAAUGGAAAAUUGAAACUCUUUGCCAUAUUUCCAUAUUGAUGAAUCAGGAACCUACAGGAUCAUUGUUGAGUAUUCUUCCUUACUUUUGUUUUAUAAACCUGUUAUUAAGUUAUGAAUAAAUAAGGCUUUUUUUUUUACCAAAUGUUUUUCCUUCAUGAAAGUUGUUCUGUAUGGAAGAUAAUUUAACAUGAUUUUAUUACUAGAGACUCAUCCUAUUGGUUAUAUUUAUCUUAGCAUGAGUUUUUCACACCAAGAUCUCUAUAUUUGUAAGAUAGGCAAAAUAUUUAAAACAGCAAAAACUGUAAAUCUAGAUUUUUAAAGCCAGUUGCAGUGUCUUUGUGUGGAUUGUCUGUGAUGACCCAUGUACUGACCAGUCUUGUCUGGAGCACCCAGAAGAGAACUGCUGAGUUAAGGGGUGGAGACUGCAGAGGCUGCUGUCCAGUACCUUCCCCGGGCCCUGCAGGCAGAAUCUUGGCAUCUGGGUUCGGUUUGUUUGGCCUGCUCCCUGCUGUCAACGUUCCUCACACUGUACAGAUCUGUUUGUUGUGGCUUCUGCUGUACUUCUUGAUACUGUCAAAAAUAAUCUGGAAAUGGUUUUAUUUUGUGAAGUGAGCAAUACUUUGUAAUUUACAACCGUGUAAAUGGAAGGAAAAGCAUUCCAUGUAUUAAAUGCUCUGUCCAUCA